GAGGAGCUCCGGGCCCUCGAGGACCAUCGGACCAUGGUCACUGAGUUCAUUCUGCUAGGGUUCUCCAGUCUCCCCCAGCUGCAGCGCCUGCUCUUUGUGGUAUUCCUGGCUGCUUACAUGAUAACUCUAAUGGGUAACAUUCUCAUCAUCCUCAUCACAACAGCGGAUCCUGCUCUUCAUAGCCCAGUGUAUUUCUUCCUCCGGAACUUGUCCUGCCUGGAAAUCUGCUUCACCUCAGUCAUCAUCCCUAAGCUGCUGGUGAACCUCCUGUCUGCCAAUCAAACCAUCUCCUUUCAUGGCUGCAUCUUGCAGAUGUAUUUCGUCUUCUUCUUUGGCAUCACAAAGUGCUUCCUCCUGGCCGCUAUGGCCUAUGACCGCUACGUGGCAAUAUGCAACCCACUGUGCUAUACAUUAGUCAUGAACAGGAGCAUUUACAUCCAUCUGGCAGUGACUUCAUGGGUCUCAGGAAUUCCUGUAGGGACAGUGCAGAUGACUUGGCUGUUCAGUUUCCCCUUCUGUGGUCCCACUGAAAUCAACCACUUCUUCUGUGACAGCCUCCCGGUGUUGAAGAUAGUGACUGGCACUACCGUUAUCAUAUUGUUCCCCUUCAUCCUCAUCCUAGUCUCCUACAUCCACAUCAUCUCCACCACGAGGAUACCAUCGGCUGAAGGCAGACUCAGGACCUUCUUCACCUGCUCCUCUCACCUCGUGGUGGUGACUCUGUUCUACAGCACAGCUGGCUUCACCUAUUUCCGACCUAAAUCCAGCUGCUCCCCAGACACCAAGAAGCUGCUCUCUCUCUCCUACACGGUCUUCACACCCUUCCUAAACCCCAUCAUCUUCAGCAUGAGAAACAAAGAGGUGAAGGGGGCCGUCAGGAGAAUGCUGGGCUGGCAAAUAUAUUCAAGGCAAUUGUGA